AGACUGCAGGGCCCAUCAGACGCAGACUUUUCAACAAGAUAACAGGAGGCAGGAGAACACAACUCACUCUGGUAUUAUCCUCAGACCACCGAGAGCUUCCAAGAUGCCAAACUGGGGUGGAGGAGCCAAAUGUGGUGCCUGUGAUCAGACAGUCUAUCAUGCUGAGGAAAUCCAAUGCAAUGGCAAGAGUUUUCACAAGACGUGCUUCCAUUGCAUGGCAUGCCGAAAGGCUCUGGAUAGUACAACAGUAUCAGCUCAUGAAUCAGAAAUAUACUGCAAAACCUGUUAUGGGAGAAAAUAUGGUCCCAAAGGAAUUGGAUAUGGACAAGGUGCAGGGUGCCUCAGCACUGACACUGGAGAGCAUCUUGGCCUGAAUCUGCAACAAUCAUCACCAAAGCCUGCUCGUCCUUCUACACCUACCAACCCUUCAAAGUUUGCUAAAAAGUUUGGAGAUGUAGACAAAUGCCCUCGUUGUGGCAAGUCAGUAUAUGCUGCAGAGAAGAUAAUGGGAGGAGGAAAGCCUUGGCACAAGACAUGCUUUCGAUGUGCUUUUUGUGGAAAGAGUCUAGAGUCUACAAAUGUUACAGACAAAGAUGGAGAGAUUUACUGCAAAGUUUGCUAUGCUAAGAAUUUUGGACCUAAAGGAAUUGGAUUUGGUGGCCUCACUCAAGUUGAGAAACAAGAAUAAGCUCUUUCUCGCUGAGGUCUAAACAGUAAUGUAAAACAAAAAGGGCUACUUAAGGGCUACACUUUUUUAAUUCCAUUGGAAAAAUUAAUAAGCUUCUUCGUAGAUCGCUUUUAUAGUAUAUUUUAGUGCAGGAAAACAUUUGUUGAUAGCUGGUUUAAAACUGAUUCAGUUCUGAACAAAAAAUACACACCCUAAUGACUUAAAACUUCAAAUAUUCACAGAUAAUUUCAGUAUUUCUGAUAGUUCUGCUGUCUGUACCCCAAAUAUAAUUACAUGCAGAACAUACCCUGAAGGUUAUUUUUAUGCCAAUAUACCUAAACUGAACUCAAUCUUGAUUUUGCAGUCUAGAAUUUUUAAAAAACAAAAUAGUACAUUCAAGAUAUGGUGCUGGUAUGUCAUGAAAUAAAGGCAUUCACUUAUAAUGUGAUAUAAAUGUAGAACGCUAAACAUCACUUUACAACAUCACUAUAUGUAGUGCUCAAUAAGAACUAACCACACCAUCUUGGACUCCAGGGAAUGAAAUUGAAACUGAAUGGAAUGUUUUUAAAUUGUACAAAAUUGUAUGAAAUGUUUUUAAUGAUUAUAUUGCAAUUUUAUUUUUAGCACUAUGUUGUUUUAACUGUUGUUAGCUGCCCUGAGCCCAUUGGGGAGGGUGGGAUACAAAUGUAAUAAAAUAAAUAAAUAAUAUCAAAAUA